AUGUCGUCCCCGACUAUCACGUUGUACUACAGGCCCGGGUCAUGCUCCCUCGUGCCCCACGCCCUCCUCCAUCACCUCUCCAUCCCCUUCAACACCGUCGCGAUGAGAGCCAACGCCGAGAAACGCUUCGAGGCCGCAGACGGCAGCUUCACGCACCAGGAUUACCGCAAAAUCAAUCCCACAGGCUACGUCCCCGCGCUCGUGCUCGACAGCGGCCAAGUCAUCACAGAGCUGCCGGCCGUCCUCACCUACAUCGCCUGUAUCGCGCCGCCCGAGCAGACCGAGAAGCUCCUAGGUUCCAGCGCCCUCGACCGCGCAAGGGUGAUUGAGUGGACGAACUGGCUGAGCGGGACGUUCCUGGGCACAAGUAUCGCGGCCUGUGCGAGGCCGUACAGGUUUACAGACGGAGACGACGCGCGGAAAGCGGUUGCGGAGAAGGGUUGGGAGAACAUCUUGGAGUGUUACGCCAGAGUCGAAUCCAAGUUGGAUGGACGGGAGUAUGCUGUGGGUGACGGCUUGACGGUCGUCGACUUUUAUCUGUAUUAUUUCCGACGGUCGGCGGUGUACAUGACGGGUAUGGGCGGAAGUCUCUUUGGCGAAAAGUAUCCCAACUUUGAGCGCUUGCAAAAGAUGGUGGAGGGGUUGGAGGGUGUUCAGGAAAUCCUCAAGGUGGAAGAGCUCAAGCCAGUCUAUGAAUGA